CCAUUUCUAGACUCACUUCGGAAUCCAGUAGAAUUUUCCAACGUUCACAACCGGCGCGUGCAUACCCACGCCGAAUACAACCGGCUUAUUUUUACAUUACGUUACUCGUUGCUUCACCAAUUAUAUUGAACUGAAAUCACUCUACAUCGGAUUACCGGCAACACACGAUCCAAACAUACCGCAAAAUGGCCCAGGAACCUGAUAUGCCAACAUUCAAGUGCGUCCUAGUCGGGGAUGGAGGUACAGGAAAAACGACGUUUGUCAAGCGGCACUUGACUGGUGAAUUUGAGAAGAAAUACGUUGCAACGUUAGGUGUGGAAGUGCACCCCUUGAUUUUCCACACAAAUCGAGGGCCGAUCAGGUUCAACGUCUGGGAUACAGCUGGCCAGGAGAAGUUCGGAGGGCUUAGAGACGGUUACUACAUUCAGGGCCAAUGUGCGGUUAUCAUGUUUGACGUUACGUCUCGUGUUACCUACAAAAACGUCCCAAAUUGGCAUAGAGAUUUGGUCAGAGUCUGUGAAAAUAUUCCCAUAGUAUUGUGCGGUAACAAAGUCGACAUCAAAGACAGAAAAGUCAAGGCAAAAAGUAUCGUCUUUCACAGAAAGAAGAAUCUUCAAUAUUACGACAUCAGUGCAAAGAGUAACUACAAUUUCGAAAAGCCAUUCUUGUGGUUGGCUCGCAAAUUGAUCGGUGAUCCUAACCUUGAGUUUGUGGCUAUGCCAGCGCUCCUUCCACCUGAAGUCACGAUGGAUCCACAAUGGCAACAACAAAUUGAAAAGGACCUCAAAGAAGCUCAGGAGACGGCGUUGCCUGAAGACGACGAAGACCUUUAGUUUUCUUCCAACCCUCUGUGCUGAAGACCUCGUCGUGUAAAGGUCUUGGCGAGCACCUUACUCCAGGUUAUAUGCUGCUCGCCUUUAAAUAUAUCAGUCGAAGGAACUUUAUUUUAUGGAAAUAAUACAACAUUACCCAAUUUGGAAUCACGAAAUCGUCAAUAAUAAGUCAGAAACAUCAAAAUUACCAGUGAUUGUAGUUAAUUUGAUCGCGAAAUUUAUUCGUUUUCCAAUCGGUGAUUUUCACUUGUUCGUUUCAAAAAACUUUUUUAUUCAAAUGUUGAUAGAUAGAUACUUCUAGAUAGUUAAUGUCACGCGUGCUAAUUUUUAUCCCUAUUCUUUCUUUUCCCGGUUAAUAUUGUUGAAAUUUUUUGAUAAUUCAAAAUUACGGAUAAUAUACGCUUAUGACUGAUCGUAAGGAUACUUAUGAAUAAUAAUGCAGCAAGAUAUUGUUUAUCAUAAAAAGGCGAAGACUGCCCACUGCACUUAACUUAUUAUCAAUAAAUAACUCUGCUUUAUUUUUUCGAAAACUAUUGUUUACGGAAAUAAUUUUUGUCCCUCUAACAACAAAAAUUUUUAUCGAUUUUCUUUUCCAAGCCAUUCCUACAGUGCUUUUGACUUUUGUAAAACAAAGUCCUUCGAUUGCAUAAGUGACUCAGAUGAUGAUGAAGAUGAAAAUGAUGAUGAUACGCGUUAGCUCACUAUAAACUAACAUUAAACUUAAUUACAAGGAAACGAAUAAAAACAAAAUCUACAAUGGUAUUUAUUGAGUAAUCGGAUACUCUAGAGAUUGUCUGUUGUCUGCGAGUGUGUGUUUGUUGCAAGGGUAGAUUAUUAAUGAGAUAAAAAUUUUUAAAAUACUAAUAAUCGUUCCACGAAUUGUACUCGAAUGAACAGAGUAUGUUGUGUCUGUCGACGUUCUUGGGGACUGUUUACUAUUUUUAUAAGCGGAGGUGUAUGUAUGCUUUGUUUAGCUUGAUUAAAGAAAAGAAAAUCAAGUACGAAGGUUUGUUUUCCCGUUUGAUUAAUUUUUUUCCUAACAAAACCAUGAAGGGGAAAAAAGUGCGCGGAAACUCCACAGAUUGUAAUGAAUAAUACAAAUGUCAAAAGAAUCUUGAAAGAAUUGUUAGCAACUUUCUUUUUUAUUAUAGAUAAUAAUAAAUAAUACUAGUGAUUGUACCGACCUUGUAAAUUUCGUGAUCCACAUCAGUUGGUUUCAUUCGUUCAUUUCCCUGCUAAUUUUCACCUGAAUAAAUGAUCGAGGAAUGAAAUUGUUGGGUUCGGAUUUUACUGUUACUACCUGUGAAUCAAAUAAAUCAACAAUGACACUAA